AAUCGUAAGGUUAGGUUCGGUCGUCUCGUCUAUUACAAAUUUUUGCGCAUGCGCAGAGAGCGGUCACAUUUGCAUUUUAACGUAUGCUCAAUAGUUCCUUGCUCAUUUUCUGAUGUGGCAACACUGUGGCCAUUGACAUUAUCUACAUUUAUUGAUAUUGUGAGGUAAUUAAUACUACAAUAAUGACGGCUAGAGCGAAAUCUGGACGAAUUGAAGUCGAAAUCGAGAAAAACCGAGAAGAGGGCAAUUGGCUCAAAGUUAUAGAAUUGGCUCAGCAGCUCAAGGAUAAAUCGAAUGAGUUUGUUUGCUUAUCAGAUUUUCUCAUUGGAGAAGGAAAGUUAGAGAACUUUUUAGAAGAAUGGCCGCCCAUGGAACAGAACAUACAAAGAGCAAGAUCAGGUCUCAUCGAUGCCAAAAGAUAUCUUAACUUGGUUAUUACAAAUGCAGGAAUAAAGGCUGGAGUAGCCAUGGAUGCACACUUGCUUUUAGGAAAAGUCCAUUAUGCUUGUGGGCAGUAUGCUGAUGCACUCAAAAAUUACAAAAUGGCUGAUUUGCAAAAUUUAACCGAAAAAAGGCUGCCCUUGCGUAGCCUCAAAAUAGUAGCAGAAUCUUAUGCGAUCAAAGGGCUCUGCUUGCAAAAAGAUACUUCAGCAUCCAGCAAAUUCAAGAAAGCUGAAAAAGAGGAAGAGUUAGCCCGAUGUUUCGACUUGGCAUCAGACCUUAGUUUGCUUUAUAUGCAAAAUCUUGACAAAGAACUCAAUUCUUUGCCCAAUACGGGCUCGGUAAACACAGGUAGUCAUUCUCCUCAACCCCCAAGCCAUCAAAAAACACUUGGAGCAGUUCUAGAGCAAGCCAUUCAGGCAGCGCCUUUAGCUCUAUUGCAACAAGGCAAACCAGAGGAGUCACUCGAAAGAUACAGAAAUACAUUGUGUGCAAUCGAAUCUCCAGGCGUUCACAAUAUUCGUUUGAAGUUUAUGACCCAAAUUGCCGAAUUGCUCCUUCAAGGGCUCGUUGGAGAAAAAUAUCAACUUCCGUCUACUGUUUCCGUUAAGUCUUCAUAUUGGAAACCUAAAUGUUACUCGUCACUUAAUCAGUUUAUUCCAAAAUGCGACUGCGAGGAGGUGAUCUUAGUCCUUUUAGUCGCCGAAUCGAUGGCAGUUAGGCAUGCUGUUUUAUCGCAAAGUCCGGAGUUUAAGGAUAUAAGGCUUAGUGCAGGUCAAGAUGCUACCACAGUAUACGAUUUACUUACCGUGGCUACAGUAAGGUGGGGACAGGUCGCUUUGUUGCAAGAGUCACUCGAACGAUCAAUGAAAUUCUCAUUCGAAGAUCCACAUCUAUGGAAGCAACAUGCUCUCUCGUUGCUCUCCAUUGGACAUUACCAAGAUUCUUUAGCUGUAUUACGCGAAGUGAUACGUUUGGAACCAAAUAAUUCCAGCAAUUGCCUUUUGGCUGCCAAACUGUGUUAUGAACACAUGAAUUUAGCAGAAGAAGGAAUUGACUUCAGCUUACAAGCAAGGGAAAGAGAAUUGAAUAAUCCAUCGGGAUUACUCGGGAGAUGUCAUCUGUAUGCAGGUAUUGGCUAUUAUUUGAGAGCAGAAGCAAGCUUGCUAAAAAAGGAACAAGAUUAUUUGCGGUGUAAGGCUAUUGAUAACAUAAGAAGCGCUGUCGAACUGGAACCAAACGAUCAUCUCGCCAGGUACUUUUUGGGCCUGCAAUUAGCGAUUACAGGACAAAUUAUAGAGGCACAAACUCAUAUCCGAGUGGGACUAGAUUUGCAGCCAGAACAUUCAUCCACUCUACAUCUUUUAGCGCUAAUUUUGACCACAGAGCAACAGCACAAGUUAGCGUUAUCGAUAGUCGAGAACGCUUUGGAUGAAUACCCAGAUUGUUUGAAUUUAUUGUAUGUGAAAGCUCAUUUAGAACUACAUGAAAAGGGUGGUGAGGUGGCAUUAGGAACUGCGAAGCAAAUGUUAGAAAUAUGGAAAAAUCUAUAUGAAAGCCAAACAAUUUCUGAUAUGCCUGAAUGUGAUAGAAAAAGUGAUACCAGGUCAGUCUUCCAACUGUACACUUCAGAAAUGUCUGAUAAAGAUUCAAGUUCUUUACAACUGCACAAUACUGCAGCCACUCGAGUAGAACAAGCAUUGAGUGAAGUGGCGAGUUCAAUGAGUAGUUUCAGUCCUCGACCAGGCCCUCAAAGAGCUUGGAUGUUGCAAGUAGAGGUGUGGCUUCUUCUCGCCGAACUGUAUCUAUCGUUGGAUCAAAUUUCCGACGUCCAACAGUGUAUUCAGGAAGCCACUCAUAUCUACCCUUUGAGUCAUCACAUUAUGCAUAUGAAAGGAUUAUUGCAUAUGCAUAAGGAAGAAUGGACCGAUGCCAAGGUGUGGUUUCAAAACGCUGUAGCGAUUAAUCCGCUUCAUGUCAAGUCUUUACAACAGUUGGGCUUAGUUUAUCAUUAUCUGGGUUUGCAAGGUCUUGCGGAAACCACUCUUCGGGAAGCUGCUAGGAUUGAACCCCAUAAUACAAUUACUUGGUAUAAUUUGGGUAAAGUGUUGGAAGCCCUAGGAGAAUAUGAAAAAGCCAGUAACGCCAUGGCAACUGCCCUAAUGGAGGAGAGAAAUAAUCCGGUUUUACCAUUCAAUUCCGUGCCGUUAUGUUUUGAAUAAAUUCUGAAACUGUUUCUAGCUCAUUGGUGUAAGAUAGUCAUUUUGUGAUGAUGCACUGUAUCAAAUAGUUCUUAAACGCACUUUUUUAACCUGCGCCUGAGUGUUUCGGCUGGGAACGACACUCGUCUGAGAUAUUAUAGAGUAUUGUUAUGGAAGGAAAACUCGUUAGAUUUGUUGAAAUAUAGCAGUCACUAAUAUAAUAUAAAAUGUUUUCGGUGUACAAUACUAAUUGUUCGUGAACGUAAACUAGGUGAAAUACGUAUUUAUUAAUUAAAACUAAUCCCGCUGUAUGAGAAAACUUAUUGCACUGUUAAUCGUCAAAUGUUUUAUGAAAUUUCUAUGAACAAAUCUAGUUUCCAAAUAUCUGAAUAUUUAAGCGUUUGCAGUGUAACGGGUUGUUUUUACAAACAUUCCACUUUAUUGAAUUAUUUAUACAUUCAGUUAGUAAUCUUGGAAUCUGGUCGUAUGUUUAUUUAUUUUUACUGUGUUACUAGAAUUUCAUUAUACUGUUAUUUGAUUAUACUGUCAUUUUAUGUAGUAUAUGUAUACGUAUUGUUUAAACCCUGAUGACACGGAAUCGAUUUUAUGUUUGAUUGUUUAUCUACAUUGCUAUUUAAUAAACGCUGUUGUUAACUUA